GAAAACAUUAUAAUUAAAUUGGAAAAACAUUUAUUUUCUUUUUUCUUUGUACUAUAUAAAGGUGGAAAACAACGUACACGAAAAGAGCAAAACGUGGACCCUGAGAGGUUGUUACAACUAAUUUUUUCCUGAUUGUUCACGAUGUCCAGUUGUUAUCAAAUCGGAUAACCAGUUCUCAAACAUUGCUUGUCACAUCUAUUCCAACAACUAUUCACUGGCUAUAGUUGCCAUUUGAGAAUUUAAAAGUUGUCGAGUGAAGCAAUUACGUAAACCUCAGUACCAUGUCUGAAAGAGGUCUUGGAGCACUGAACUAAUUUUCGGUCAAAAUUAUCUCUGCUCAUUUAGAAAUGGAGUCUUAGUUUAAUCAACACGAAACUUCAUUCUUGGAUAUUUACUUUUGAGAUAAUUUUGUUGUACUUUUUUUCCUUUUCAUACUAGACCCCGAUUGAGAGGUUUUUAAUUUCAAAAUGGCUAGAUAUUGCUCAACAGCUUACAGUUUGUACUUCGUGUCAGUUGUUUUGGCAACUGCAGCAAUGGCGGAUCAGUGUCAUAUUGUUUUGCUGAACCGUUGCAAAGCAGUUUAUCAAGAUGCUCUAGAUGCUACUUCCACAGGCGAAGGGGGCCACUGCUUCAGGAUGCAGAAAUUGGUCACAUGUGUUGCCAGUGAACCCAAAUGUGGAGGUGAACUCAUUGAAAAGUUGCGUUACUGGAUGUUACAAAUUGCAAUGAUGGAUAACAUCUUAGGAACCUGCACGGACAUUGAUUACAGUACACUGAAGAGUGUUGUACAAGAUUCAGGUUUGAACUUUUUUCUGAAAUAUAUACACCGCAUAUAGUCUGGAUAAGUCAUGAUCAUCAGUUUACAAGUCGUGAUUUUUGUACAGGUGUAUAUAACUUGAUAUUGGUUGUUACCUUUUAACAUCUUUUUCGUUAAUAGAGCU